ACCACGGCAACCGCACACGGGCUCGGCGCGCAACCCCUGGCUGGGUCGCGCUAAAGUAUCAAUGCGCAAGUAUGGAUCGGGGAGAUUUCGAACCGCAUGUGAGCGAAAAGAAGCGAGUAGCGUCAGCCCCUUCCGCACCUCAAACGUUGAAAUCUGCCACAGUGUAUUCAAGCACGCGGAUACCUUACCCAGUCGUCUUAAUCUCGUUACUGGUCCUUUUAAUUGCUGGACUUUACGAAGUGCACCGAUUAUGCGCAAAUAAUAACAUUCUGCUAGUAUCUCUCAACGCAACAACGAAAACAGAGGAUUCCAAGCCUAUCGUCUGGAUUUAUAGCAAAGGUUCAGAUCAAAGCCACUUGCGACAUGUCGUUGAAUCUUUUCGGCGAUACGGAUACCGGAUCGGGGGACGCGCGGACCGGUGGUCUGUGCUUUGGUCGCACGAUUAUCCCUUUACGGAAUUAGCUAGUGACAUGCGCGAAUUGAAGCCCGGCCAGGUUGUCAAUCACUUCCCGGGCUCGGGUUACAUCACCAACAAAGGCAGCCUAUCCAUGGAUAGGUCCAUCCGACAGCUGCCUUUGACGUUCAAACUUCCGGCGCAGAAGGUAGAGUUUUUGCGGAACGCCGAGGAGCGACCUUCUACCAUGUGGGUGCAGAAGAAUCGAGACCAUCGAGGGAUACACGUGGUCGAUCCUGGCGAAGUCGCAGCUGCCACCGAUGAAAAAGAGACGUUCGUGCAAGAGCUGAUCGCCAACCCGCUGCUGAUCGACGGCAAGAAAUUUGACAUUGGCGUCUACGUUGCCAUGACAUCUUUGGAGCCCCUGCGUGUGUACGUGUACAGAGGUGACGUGCUGCUGCGCUUCUGCGCUCGCGCUUACAACACACUUCAGUUCAACGCCUCUGAUCUGGACUCGUACGUGGUUGGCGACGACUACACGCCUAUCUGGGACAUGCCGUCGCUUGCCCGCUACUACGUUGACUCACAGCUCAGCAUGAGGGCCAGCCUGGACGUCUACAUGCGCACGCAACUCAACGUCGACAGCGGCGCCCUGUGGGCCGAAGUGGAGCGGGUCGUGGCGUCCGUGUACACGCGCAAGGCCGAGGCGAUGCGGCGAGCGGCAACGCGCUGGCCUCGCGCGGGCCGCUUCUUCGAGCUGGUGCGAUUCGACUUCGUGUUGGACGCGGCCCUGGGCGUGCACCUGCUCGAGGCGAACAUGUCACCCAACCUGAGCUCGGCUCACUUCGCGGCCAACGGGCCCUUCUACGAGCAGCUCCUCUUCAGCCUGUUCAGCCUGGUGGGACUCGGGGCGUCGCAGUCGGCCAACGCCGGCGCCUGGCGAUUCCUGGACCGAGCCGCAUCUGUGCUGCCGGCCGACUGCCCGGUGCAGCUGGAGCAUCGGUGCGAGCCGCCCACGUCGCUGUGUGCUCCCGCGUGCCUCUCGACAGCGCACAAGCGGGCGUUCAGGGACGCCCUCUGGGAGCACCUGCACAGGAAGCAGUUCGCCAGGCUCGUGCCGCUUUUCGACACCAACAGCGCGCAGGAGGCCAACAUGACCGAAGCGGACCGCAUCUUGGCGCAGUGGUUCGCCGCAAAGUGCGCGCAUGACGCUGAAUGGUGCCACUGAGAAAGGACCGCCCAGGAAACAAAGGGGCGCCCAAUGCAGCUGUAACAGACAGGCACACCGUCUCUGUCCCCUAGAGCUCGUAUAUCGCACCAUGGCUUGAGUCACUGGAAAUUUUUUACAGUGACUACAUAGUCAUGACAAAUUAUAGAGUCUACUAGGUGGCAAACCAACGAGCUCAAUGCAGCGUGUUAGCAGCCGUCGUUUCAGGGUGUGCGCUCAAGAACAGUACUGUACGUAAACAGAAAUUUCGUGCGUUUGGUGCAGAGGGGGAAGCGGUAGGAUAACACACCCACCGUGAAAAGAGUCUCGGUACAAGCCAGAGACGAUGGGAAAAUAAAGUGCGACCGGCGAUGCCACCUUUAACUUCUUGCAACAAUUUCGCUUGGCGUCACGGAUUUUGAUAGCGUCUGCUCGGUAGUAUACGUAUAGUUAAUUGUUUAUCGAUAGAGAUGGACAACAUUGCAUUCAAAUCGGACAAAAGAUGCAAUCUAGGACAUCUGGAGAAAUCUUUCUGCUAGCCCCCCCCCCCCCCCCCUAAAAUAAACGACCCAAAUUCGUGAAAGCACUUCGAUAUUCACUACGUCAAAUGGCAGAGCUGGCAUAUGCACUAUGCCGGCGCUGUGGUUUCGGCGCGAAGGUAGAAAGAGAAACGUUCGGCCUCCGUUUUCUCCGCGGGUUACCUCUUAUAUAUAUCGUAAGAAUCCAACCAAGACGCCGAGGUCGACACAGGGGAAAUUACUUGUACUUACUAAUUGAAUUAAAGAAAUAAUAUAAUAAACUAAGAGGGGUUUAAGUUGGCGCGUGUCUCGAUUUCUGGAGUGCGCCUCGGCCGUGGCUGCGCAUGGCUGUAAGCGUGGCUGAGCGCAUACGCAGCCGCGCACCUUUCUUUGGAGGUAAUCUGCCGCGUGUGCGAAGAGUGGGCGUGCCGAGACGGCGUGGCACCUUGUAAAUUGUCUUACCGCGCGUUUAGUGUUGGAGGUUGCGUAAUCUCGAGUUUAGGUGACCCAUUGGAGCGAGAGGCAACGAAGCAUGCAUUCCCUCCCCGCUGCCGGCGCUUUUCCCGAUAGCGUCGUCCCAGUGCGGGCGACGCUACCAGUCGCGGGGGCGGAGCACACGCGAAAGCGUGACUGGCUUCGCAUAAUUCGUAGCGCCGAGAAGAUAUCGUCGACGUACGUGGUGUGAAACCGCAUCAUUCGUCGCCGACUGCCGACUCCCAAACUCAUCACCAAAAUAAGUUUUCUCGUUCAAAUUAGCUGUUUUCGAUUGCCCGAUAAUUCGGAAAAUUCAGUGGCCCCUUCCCGUGUAAAAAAAAUCGAUCGGCGACUAUAUACUUAUCUGCAUAAAACGUCGAAUUUCAAUACAACAAAAUUUCGAUAUAACGAAGCAAGUUGUCGAUUCUAGUGACUUCGUUAUAUCGAGGUUUAACUGUAUGUGCAAAGCGUAAUUUGUUUCGACAUAUGUAUGAAAAUGCAGUUUAGAAAGAAUAAUCUGCUAGUCUAAGGACAGAUUUUAACUCGUUAUAGCGUACCUUUAAGGAGACAUUAAGCACGCGCGUACUAAGGCGUCAUUUCACUUGACUCCGCAGUGCACCCACUCGUGUUUUCCGCAUUGCCUUUCGCGCCGCGGCCUCUUGAUCGUCAACAGAUACGCGCCGUUCUCCCUUCACUGCCUAUACCCGGCCGCGCAAUGCACAAUUCGCGGCGCGAUGUUCGGACAAAAGCGGCGAUUCGCAUGCUCAUAAAUGUCGACUGCUAUAGAAUAAACCGUCCUUGAGGAAGACGCGGCGCGCCCUUGCCGCCCGUGACCUCCGCACGCCCAGUGGAGAUGCCGCGCCUCGCAUACGUCGCGCGUUUUGUUAUUUCGCGCAGAUGGCUACAGCCUCCGAGAGCGAUACGCUGCAGUGCUGACGCGCCGUCGCUGCGCGAAUAGCGCGCAUCGAGACGAAGCCGUAGCCGACGGGACCUCGGCUCUGCGCCAGCACGCCUCGGCGGAUGUGUAUACCGUUCGCGCUGCAGCCGGCUCGCACAAAGCCGGGCACGCGACGUCGGCUUAUCUAUAGCUCGUUUUAGCGCUGCAUUUCUGCUUGUGCGUAACGAUAAUGACGGCGAAUUCCGUUACAAGCAGGUGGCCUUGGUUUGCGCGCGCUGUUUGCAGUAAACUUAUCUUGGACACACCCUCAGAGCUCAGUUUUGUUUCGUUCGCAUAACCCGGAACUCGGUGAAGUUGACGUGGACACUGAGUAUGGUUCUAUUCAUUAUUUUUGGUUUUAAAAGGCGAGCUGUGCUUGUUAACCUUCCGAAGCGUGAUUGCUAGUUCUAAGUACCUGUCACUGAAGGGAAGGUAGCAGAUUACGUUUGCCAUUUUUACGUCCCUGCAUGGACAGCUCGGUUUAUUUACAGCAAUUAUACGUUUCUCUCCCUCGUGUUGAAAUGAGCCCUUCGUUGUUGCUGGCGUAUGUGUAUAAACUGCAGAUUAAUACAGAACCCAAGUAACAUGGU